CUGUUAUUUAACACAAGACAGUGGCGGAUCCAAAAAAUCCAUUUAGGGGGGCCCCAAGGACAUGAGGCAGAUUGACAAUGGAACUUUGGUGGGAGGUUUGGAGGGGAUCGUAAAAAAAUUAAAAUUAAUAUAUAAUAAAAUUAUAACUGUCGCAAAAUUUAGGGGCGGGGGGGGGGGGGGGGCGCCUCCUGGACCCCCCUAGAUCCACCUUUGCUAGGUCCAGCCAUAGACAAAAUAUGAAAGCCUGGCCAUUCAUACGGCAUUGAGUCCGUUUGUCAUAACCGCGUUUUUUUAAGCAUCGCGGGCGGCGCGCGGUACGUAAAAAAUGGAGCAUCAAAAAAAUAAAAAAUAAAAAAAAUGGUUGUAUAGUUAUCAAUAGAAAUUAUUUCAAUCAUUUCACAUGAGUCUGUUUUUUGCGUUCCACGCCCGCGCCCGCACUGCUGUUAUGAAAACAUUACUACUGAUAACCUUAGGGUUGGUGUUUUUAAAAGCAUCUCUGACCGGCAUUUCCUCGCCUUGACUGCGCCAAAAAGAAAAGAAGAAAACAACAUAUUAAAAAAAAAAAAAAAAAAAAAAAAAAAAAAAAUGCGAUCAAGGUAAACGAUUGUUUUACAAUACAUAUUGGUCUGACCAAUCCAAAUAUUUGUAACAAAAGGAUUAUUAGAGCUAAAAGGUAUUUUUUAUUGGUUGUUCAGAAGUUUUAGAGCUACACGUGUUAACACAGCAAUUCAAAAAGCAGAACAUUAUAUCGAUUCUGUUCCAACUGACAAUAAUAUACUUUGUUUCAUACACCUCGUGAGCAAUGUUUCAACAUGAACACAACGGAAUUCGAUUCAUGUCUGUUUGCUGUUAGCAACACAAGGCGCGCAAAUCGUCCGUUAUGACAUUAAAACACACACAUAUUAUUAAUGUAGCGACAUAGAGAAACCAUUUAGAGAAUUCAUUUAGCGAUUACAAAUUGCUGCAAAUAGUAGAAACACCGCAUGUGUUAGACGUAGGUCCCCAAGACAAGGUGUCUUUUGUUAAUGUGGUUUAUGAAAUUACAGUAUAACAUGAGAUGCAUUGAUACAUUUGUCUCGGAAAGUCUUUGGAUUAUGAUGUAAUGGAAACACAUCUGAAAGUGAUAUUUUGGAGUAUUCUGUUGGCAACUAUAGGUACAAGUGCUGGCCAAAAGUAUAUUCAUUUGGGAUGCUACGAAGAUCAGCCACAAAGUCCACGACUUGUUCACCAGUACAUGACAUCUGCUGACGAUGACGUAUCACGUUGCCUAGCAACAUGUCAACAGAAAGGCUUUCCAUUUGCUGCGGUACAGUCAGGUGGAGAAAACUGCUCUUGUGGAAAUACCUAUGGGAAAUACAAACAAUCAGAUAACUGUGUGUACGGCUGUUACGAAGAUGGAUUUCCCGCAUGUGGAGGAAAAACGGAGUUUAGCAUUUACUACUCUGUUGUAAAAGCUGAUUCAUGCCCGGCAAAAAGUACCCAUGUGUCUGAAGUACCGAGCGACAUAUGUCUUAAUAUUAAAACAGAUGAUCGGAACUUCACUGAGGCCAGACGACAAUGUAUAAAAGACGGAGGUGACUUGGCGGCUAUACCAGGGGAGAGCACCCGUGCAGGCUUAAAGACUCUUUUUGACGGCUGCCCAUUGACUAGCUGUCCUUCGAUGAAGGUGGACGUGUCAACGUGCGCUCUCGAAUUGCCCCCCCACCUGGGGGGACUGAUUGCCAGCUUUGGCCCGAUGUUGGAGUUCCGGGUCACGUAUACCGGGUCACGGGCGACCGUGACUUUGGUGUACGGUGACCCGCCUCCACAGAAACGGAAAGGGGGGACUGGAAGAGGAAGAAGAAGGAAGAAACCGGUGCCAGGGAAGGCCCAGGGGGGGACAAAGCUGGUGGCUCAACCGCCAGUGGCGCUCCCUCCUGUGAUACCGCCCCCACCGAGUCCUCCGGAGAGGAAGCAACCACUUGUGGAGCCCGCAUCCCCGGAACGGCCGUACACCACCCAGGAGAUCGUCAGAUUCAAACGGACGAGUGUGCCACCACCUACUUCAACCUCCACCCCAAAGACGACGACUCCGGUGAAGCGGUCAACAACGACCGCUCCCGUUGAGUCGCCACUUGGACUUGUUGUUCCGGCGACAAAAAGGAAGGCAACAUCACCGACCACCCAGCCAGCCAAGACCAAGCCGCCGCCGGAAUCCGCUCCCCCUGUUGACGACGAAUGGACCAUUGCCAUCAGUGGACUUCGUCGUCAUCUCCAUCAGUACAUACAGGGGGACACGCAGAAACCAGAACUACUUCGGGGAGGUUUUUUGUGGAAGACCAUGGAGGACGGCAGCAGCUACGAGCUUCAUAUCAAGAUCUUCAUUUGUACGCACCCGAAGGGACCAGACCUACAGACAGUGCAUCAUUGCUCAACUCGACAACAGAACGAUCCACAGGAUGUUAGCUCUGCGGCCCCGACUUUAUUUACAACAUCUACACCAGAUCAGUGA